AUUUCUUAGCGCUGAAAUAUUUUUGUGGGCAGUUUCUCUACAAUAACUGUUCCAUUAUCUUCAUAAUGGGAACUCCUAGCUCCAGUAGUAUCUAUGUAAAUCAAAAACUUAACAAAGCCCUCUUCUUUCAUAAUCAGAUCAUUAACCCCUUUCAAUUUCUUUCUAAAUCAGUGGAAAUAGAAAUUAUUUUGUUCUUCGACAGUUAUGGCACCCUCAAAUCAUGAUCCAGAUUAUCAGCUUCCAAAUUCUUCAAAUGCUAUUAUAAGUCAACAAGAUUGUACAAAUACAAGAAAAAAUGGAAGAGGAAGAACCAUUGGCUUAGGUGUCUCAAAAAGGAAAAAGAAGAGUGCUACUGGAAAAUUGCAUGUUGAUAUUCCAGCAGAUAAAAUGGUAGCUGUUGGACCAGGAGCUGCAAAUUUUGUGACCGAGGUCUCAAUCGUUGUCCUAAAGAAUGCUCCUUUUAAUGUCAAAAAGUGGGGAAAAAUACCACAAGCUAAACUUGACAAGAUAGUUUCAAAAGUUUUGGAUACUUUUGACAUUGAUAAUACAACACAUAAUAAUGAUGUUAUUCUUGAGACCGCUAAAAGACUCUAUCGUAAUCAUAGAUGUAGAUUUCAUCAACAUUUUAGCCAAUAUAACACAAAUGAGAUAGCUUUGAAACACAAACCAGAAGAUAUAAGUGAAGAAGAUUGGAAGUUCUUGGUAGAUUAUUUCUCAAGUCCUGACUAUAAGGCAAUCAGUGAAAGGAACAAAGUAAAUAAAGCAAAACAAGUUAUUAAACAUAGAUGUGGAAGGAAGUCAUUUCAAGCUGUGAGCUAUGAUGCGAGAGAUCCUGAAACUCAAAAAGAGCCCAACUUUCAAGACUUGUGGCGAAUGACUCACACAAAUAGCAAUGGAGAAUGGAAAGAUGAUGCUUCUAAGGAAAUUCAUACAAAGGUUGAAGAAGCUUGUUCAGAACUUGCAACAGCCGAACAUGUUGACGGUGAUAAAGACAUGCUUGCAAAUAUUGCUUUUAAAUCAGUUGUAGGAGAGAGAUCGGGUUAUAGUCGUGGGUUAGGAGCUGGAAUUAAACCACAAAAGAGAAAAGCUGUUACAGGUUUACAUGAAGAAUUGAAAAAGGAGUGUGAAAAGAGGCAUGAUAUGGAAAUGAAACUAAAAGAUGUAGAGACUCAACUCCAAGAAGAACGAAAAAUGAGGGAAGAAAUGACAGCCAAGUUUGAAGAGAGUCAAAGACAAAUCGGAGAAGAAAUGGAGAAACAAGUUGAAGCAAAAAUGGCUAAUAUGUUUCGCCAAAUGCUGAAUUUUCAAGAUGGACAAUCUUCCGGUGCACUGAAUAUAGAGUCUGAAUCUAAUCACAUAGCUAAUAACAUGACUACAGACAAACCUUCAAGUAAUGGUGUUUCAACUACUUCACAAAGAAAAGUUCGAAGCAAAUAUAUAAAGAAGAAUUGAGAUUGUUGCUAUUUUGGCCCUUGUGUUGUUCAGUUCCCUUAGCCUUACAAUGGUUUGCUUUCUUUGAGGAAGACAUGGAAUUCUUAUUUGUAGUGGUGUUGUUUGCUUCUUGUUCGUGUCUGCGUUUUGUUUUUUGGUUUUGCUAGCAGUUUUUAGAUUUUGUCUAGUGUUCCAUUGGCUUUAAUUUUUGGGGCCUUUGGUUUUGUCCGUCAGCAAUGGUAUUUGUGUUUCGCUACCUGCGUGUGGCUUGUUUGGCUAUUCAGUUUCAGUUUUUCUUUUCAUUAGAACAAGAUAAUUUAUAUUUUUUUCAUUUUUGAUGUAGACAAGGAUAAUUUACAAUAUUUUAUAUUUUAAUAUUAUAUUAAUUUGUGU